ACUUCCGCUUCCGGCAGGGGCGGAGUCGCGGAGCCGAGAGGUCAGCAGAGCUGCCCGCCAUGCCGCCCCGCCUGCUCGCGGCCGUGCGCCGGCACUGGGCCCUGGCCGCCCGCCCGCCAGCACCCUGGAGGCCCCGGGGAGGCCGCGCCCUGCACUGGGCCGGCCCGCCGGACCGCAGCGCCCCCGUGUUCACGCGCGCCCCGGCCUUCGGGGAGCGGCUGGCCCUGGUGGACCAGCACGGCCGGCACACCUACCGGGACCUGUACCUGCGCAGCCUGCGCCUGGCCCGCCAGCUGUGCGCGCUGCGCGGGGCCGCGGGCGGGGACCUGGGCGAGGAGCGCGUGGCCUUCCUGUGCGCCAACGACGCGUCCUACGUGGUGGCCCAGUGGGCCUCGUGGAUGAGCGGGGCCGUGGCCGUGCCGCUCUGCGGGAAGCACCCGCCCGCCGAGCUGGAGUACUUCAUCCGGGACUCCCGCAGCGCGCUGGUCAUCGCGGGCCCGGGCUUCGAGCCGCUGCUGCGCCCCGUGGCCCAGAAGCUGGACGUCCCGCUCCUGCCCCUCCCGCCCGCCGAUGGCGACCGCCCCUCGGCAGAGCCGGGCGACGAGCUGCUGCCGGAGCGGGACUGGAGAGACCGGGGCGCCAUGAUCAUCUACACCAGCGGGACCACAGGGAGGCCCAAGGGCGUCCUGAGCACCCACCACAACAUCAGGGCUGUGGUGACGGGGCUGGUGCGGGCCUGGGCGUGGAGCAAGGAUGACGUGAUUCUCCACGUGCUCCCACUGCACCAUGUCCACGGUAUCAUCAACAAGCUGCUCUGCCCGCUCUGGGUGGGCGCCACCUGCGUGAUGCUGCCCGAAUUCAGCCCCCAACAGGUCUGGGAACAGUUCCUGAGCUCCGAGAGCCCCCGCGUGAACGUGUUCAUGGCCGUGCCCACCAUCUACGCCAAGCUGAUGGACUACUACGACAGGCACUUCACGCAGCCUCACGUCCAGGACUUUGUGCGUGCCGUCUGUCAGGAGAAGAUCCGGUUGAUGGUGUCGGGCUCGGCCGCCCUGCCCGUGCCCGUGCUGGAGAGGUGGCAGCGCAUCACCGGCCACACGCUGCUGGAGCGGUAUGGCAUGACGGAGAUCGGCAUGGCUCUGUCCAACCCCCUGCACGCCACUCGUCUGCCAGGCUCGGUGGGCACCCCGCUGCCCGGUGUCCAGGUGCGCAUCGUCUCCGAGAGCCCCCAGCCAGACAGCGGCCAGUACGUGCUACACGCAGAGGGGAGUGAGGAGGGCACUCAGGUACUGCCCGGCUUCGCAGAGAAGGAGGGGGAGCUCCUGGUCCGAGGCCCGUCUGUUUUCCGAGAGUACUGGGACAGGCCCGAAGAGACGAAGAGCGCCUUCACCCCGGACGGCUGGUUUAAGACAGGUGACACAGCCGUGUUCAAGGACGGCGCCUACUGGAUCCGGGGCCGCACAUCUGUGGACAUUAUCAAGAGCGGGGGCUACAAGAUCAGCGCCCUAGAGGUGGAGCGCGUCCUGCUGGGGCACCCCAGUAUCACAGAUGUGGCUGUGAUCGGUGUCCCUGACAUGACCUGGGGCCAGCGGGUGACUGCAGUGGUCACCCUACAGGAUGGACACUCCCUGUCCCACCAGGAGCUCAAGGCGUGGGCACGAGACAGUCUGGCCCCGUACGCUGUGCCCUCCGAGCUGCUGCUGGUCGGGGAGCUCCCGCGCAACCAGAUGGGGAAGGUGAACAAGAAGGACCUGCUGCGGCACUUCUACCCUGGCCAGCAGGCCCCCGGCCCGUGACGGGCAGGAACUGGUCUCCAGGGAGCCUCCGUGCCUGCAUCCCCAAGCCCGCAGAUGACCUGCGGGUCUCCCAUGGGCACUGCCCGCCCACACCUCUCCCCAGGAAGGCAUGUGACAGCCCAGCGUGGACUCCGCGUCAGAGGGACCCCAGCCCCCCCUGCCCCGACACAGCUGCAGCAGACUACGAGUCCGGCACCCCCACCCUGCUGCUGCCCCUGUGCCCAGUGCAGAGUCGGGAGCUUCUGCAGUGCGGGCACGUGGCCAUCGCCUCCAGCCUGGUUUCUCUCACAUACUGUUCUGUGAACAAGCCGCCAGAGGUGGGAGCCAGGCAGGUGCCCAGGGAACGCACGUGCUCGGGCGGAGCCUGGGUGUGGUCUGGGGAGCCCAGCUGCGCUGGGGGCAGCUGCCACAGGGAAACUGUUCUUGGCAUGGUGGCACUGACUACUCGCUGGGCUGGGGUGGGGCCUGUCCCCAGAGUGUGCCUGCUGCUAGCUUGUCAUGCGAGUCACAGCCAUGCUGCCCCUGCUCACACACGCCUCAUGGAGCUACAACUCCAGUAAGCAGGCAGGGGCCGAGGAGGGUGCUCACGUGGCCAGGCACAUGCCAGACAUGCUUGAGCCCCUGCGUUUGACCCCAUACGGGAGAACCAGGACAAUUAAAAUACAACUUUAUAAAGGCUA